AUGUCUACGUCAAAUUUUAAACCUAAAUAUUGGGCUGGAAAGAGACAAUUAUCUGAACAAGUUCCGGAUACUGAACCAUCAACUUCUUCAACUUACCAACAAUCACCUAAGAAAUUGAAGCUUACGUUACAAGAAGAACAAACAGAAGGUUUAAUCGAAUAUUUAAAAGUGAAUCUUCCAACUUUGACAAAUUUAAAAGAUUUAGAAUCCUUAAUAGAACAACCGAAUAGCAAUUUAUCGAUUGGAAUCCUAAUUCGUGUUUUAGAAGUAUUGCCCGAUCCAGCAAAUUACAAUUAUCAAACAUAUGAUACAACGAUAACCUUGGAAUUACACUCUCGUAUUCUCGUAACUCUAUUGCACAAUAUUCGAUGUCAAUUGGAUAAAACAAGCGUAACGCUUUCAAAACAACUUCGUGAGAAAAUGUAUGAAGUUUUGACAAAUUUUGAACAUUUACAUCAUAAAAAUGUUGGCGCGGGAAUUUGGCGAAAUUAUAAUGUUGACUUCAAUUUGACAGUUUCUCGUGAUAUUUUGCAUUGUGUUCCAGACAAUGAAUCAAUACAUACUUCCGAUCUUCUGGAUGAAUUCUCGCGGCUUAUGAAUUAUGCGGAACUUUCAUUACUCCCUUCAUCAGCACCAACUUCUCGGAAAAAUUUAUUAGGUGACUGGGAAAUUGAUGUCGACGCAUUUAAUCAGCAGUAUAAGGUGUGCGAUUGGCAUUUAGAUUGGUGUCGAUUGUUUCAACUUUAUCGGCAAUUAUAUGGAUGGAUAAGUAAAGAUAGAAAACAAGAAAGUGCAGAAAUAGGAAUGAUUAAAAAGUAUGCUGAAAUGCAAUUAUUCAAUGAACUUUGGUUAUAUGCGAAUAAAGCCUGGGCGAAUGCUACUUCAUUUGCGGAUUCGAGUGAAUUUUAUAGUAAUGGAACUAACCAAGAUGAUAUUUUUGGAAGCGGCCCAAUAUCUCAUCCUAAUUCGCUUUGGUUCGGUAUUUUGGACAUAGUGCAUAAAAUAUUACUAGAAAGCGAAAUUCAGCAUCCGGUCGAUUUUAUCCUUUGUUAUUAUCUGGCGUUACAAUCAUUGGAACGGUCACCUAACGAUUUUAUCCGUUUCAAAGCACUUGAAAUUCUAUUAUUUUUCAAAUACAAAUAUAGUGAUUGGAAAACUGCUGUCGAUUCAGAUUUAAAAAAUUAUCGUCGACAAAGAUCUAAUUUGGAUCAUAACGAUAAAUUUGCGUUUCAAUUUGAUGAACUCUUAGAAGCAAUUCAACGUAAAUGUAAAUAUGAACUAAAAAUACAAGAUCAAACUAAUCAACUUUUUGUUAAAAAAGCGGAAAAUAAGUCGAAUUUAAAAAAUCCCUUCGGAAUAAAGUUACCCACGAACAGCAAGCAAAAUCAUCAUCACGUUCUAUCAAAGGAAAUUACGAAAUAUUUAAUGUGUCCUAUAAAAAAACAAUUCACGAGAGAGUUCACUCUUUACCCGUGCGGACACGGUUUUAAUUCUGACUCUAUUGAGAAACCGGACAAUCUUUUUUCGGAUCUAACCUGUCUUAGAUGUUCAACAACAACAAAAUCACAUAAUCUAAGAAUAUUAUCUAUCGUUGCUAUUGUGGAAGGCUUAGAAGAUCGAUUCGCUGCUACGGAAAAUUCAUGGCGUUGGAAAGAGAAAGAAUUACCUGAAGUCAGAUUUAUGAAUCUUAAUAAUAAUGAUAAUGUUAAAGGAAGUAACAUAAUACAACGGAACUCGUAUUAUCUUCGAGUACCUCGAAAGUUGUGCAGUGAACAACGUAAAGCAAAUGAAGCUAUAAUGCGACGACAUUGGGAUCUAGCAAUCGUUCAUUUAAAUAAAGUCUUGGAAAAUUAUCCAACAAGUUAUUCAGCACGUUGCUUACGUGCGAAAACCUUAUUACGAACACGUGAUUACUCAAGUGCACUUGAGGAUUUAAACAUUGCAAUAGAACAAUAUCCACAUCGAUUAGAAGCAUUUCGUAUUCGGGGAUAUGCUUUGGGUUUAUUGAAAAAUUGGGAUGAGUCGAUGAUUGAUUUGCACAAAGCAUUAGAAAUUGAACAAGAUGAUGCGGACACGCUUGGUGUUCGAGGGGCUGUAUAUGGUAUGAUGGGGAAAUACGAAGAAGCAUUGAACGAUUUAACAUUUUCUUUGAAAAAAGAACCGGACAACGCAUUCUCAUUAAGAUAUCGUGGUUGGAUUAAUUUUAAUUUGAGAAACUACAAUCAGGCGUUGGAAGAUUUACAGAAAAGUUUGACUAGGGAGCCCAAUAAUACAUUUGCAAUUCGGAAUCGUGGAAUUGUUUAUCAUAUUCUGAGACAAUAUAAUAACGCAUUGGAAGACUUCAAUAAGAUAAUACAAGCUAACGAGGGAGAUUUUGUUAUAAUGCAACUUCGAGGUGAUACUUUUAUGAAUCUUGGUCUUUACGAUGAUGCGUUAGAUAACUUAAAUAAAGCGCUCGCUGAAAAAUCUUCAAGCUGUUUCGCAUUACAUACUCGCGGUACUGUCCUUCGUCUUUUGCGUCGAUACGAUGAGGCAUUGCUCGAUCUCCAUAAAUCAGUAAAGAUAGAACCACUAAAUGGAGUAGCACUCCGUCGUCGCGCCAGAUGUUACCAAGAACUUAGCUUAUAUAACGAAGCAUUUGUCGAUUUCGAGGCUGCUCUGAAAGCUGACCCUACAGACAUAUACGCAUUGAAAGAGCGAAGUGAACUUUAUUGUCAGACUGGUGAGUUCCAGAAAGCUAUUGAAGAUCUAAACGUGAUGAUUGAAUUGGAUCCGAAUAAUAUUGAUGGUUUUAAACAACGUGCACAUUUAUAUUAUCAAAUCGGAAGACAGGAAGAUGCCAAGUAG